AAGUAAUACAGAAACAAUGACUACAGCACUUGAUUUAGCAACAAGCGCUAUGCCUGAAACCAUGACUGCUGCUGCGGCAACAACAUCUUCUGAUUCCACAACCACCUCACUCAUAUUCUCAACUGUUGAGUCAACCCUUACAAGUAACGCAGAGACAAUGAGUUUGACUCCUGAUACAGCAACAGCAUCUACAGCUCAAUCCACAACAGCUGCUGGGGCAUCAACAGCAACAACUUCUGAUGCCACAUACACCUUAUUGGAAUCCUCAACUGUGGAGACAACCUCAACAAGUAAUACAGAAACAUCUGAUACAACAACUGCAGAUCAAACCACAACAGCUGCUGGUACAAUAACAAGUGUUGAUGCCACAUCCACCUCACCAGUAUUCUCAACUGUUGAGUCAACCUCUACAAGUAAUAAAGAAACAGUGACUUUAGCACCUAAUACAUCAACCACAGAUGCAGAUCAAACCACAACAACUGCUGGGGCAACAGCAAAUAUCUAUGAUGGCACAUCCACCUCAUCUUUAUCCUCAAAUGUAGAAUCGACCUCAACAUCUGAGACAGACUCAGUAACUACAGCACCUGAUACAGAAAAAACUACGGCUCAAUCCACAACAACUGCUGGGGCAGCAACAAUAACUUUUGAUUUCGCAUCCACGUCAUCUGUAUCCUCAACUGUGGAGUCCACCUUAACAAGUAAUACAGAAACAAUGACUACAGCACUUGAUUUAGCAACAAGCGCUAUGCCUGAAACCAAAACUGCUGCUGGGGCAACAACAUCUUCUGAUUCCACAACCACCUCACCCAUAUUCUCAACUGUUGGUUCAACCCUUACAAGUAACGCAGAAACAAUGAGUUUGACUCCUGAUACAGUAACAACAUAUACAGCUCAAUCCACAACAGCUGCUGGGGCAUCAACAGCAACAACUUCUGAUGCCACAUACACCUUAUUGGAAUCCUCAACUGUGGAGACAACCUCAACAAGUAAUACAGAAACAAUGACUACAGCACCUGAUAAUGCAUCCACAACUGCGUCUGAAAUUACACCAGCUGCUAGAGAAAUAACCACAAUGUACAAUGCUACAUCCAUUACACCAAUAUCCACAGCUGUAGAAAUAACAUCAACAACUAUUGUAGACACAAUGGCUACAGCACCUGAUACAGAAACCACAACUACAGCGCAAUCCUCAACAUUUGCUGUAACAGGAUCAACAACGACUUUGGAUGCCACAUCCACAUCAAUGCUAUCCUCCUCUGUGGUGUCAAAUUCAACAAGUAAUACAGAAACAUCUGAUACAACAACCACAACUGCAGAUCAAACCACAACAGCUGCUGGUACAACAACAAGUGUUGAUGCCACAUCCACCUCACCAGUAUUCUCAACUGAUGAGUCAACCUCUACAAGUAAUGAAGAAACAGUGACUUUAGCACCUGAUACAUCAACCACAGAUGCAGCUCAAACCACAACAACUGCUGGGGCAACAGCAAAUAUCUAUGAUGGCACAUCCACCUCAUCUGUAUCCUCAAAUGUAGAAUCGACCUCAACAACUGAGACAGACUCAGUAACUACAGCACCUGAUACAGACACAACUACGGCUCAUUCCACAACAGCUGCUGGGGUACAAACAAUAACCUUUGAUUUCACAUCCACGUCAUUGGUAUCCCCAACUGUGGAGUCCACCUCAACAAGUAAUACAGAAACAAUGACUACAGCACUUGAUUUAGCAACAAGCGCUAUGCCUGAAACCAUAACUGCUGCUGCGGCAACAACAUCUUCUGAUUCCACAACCACCUCACCAUAUUCUCAACUGUUGAGUCAACCCUUACAAGUAAUGCAGAGACAAUGA